AUGGCUGCAAUGAGUACGAGCUCCACCACACCCGCUCGAUUACUUGCAUUUCCAUUACGACACCGUUUCCACGACCAUUCGCGGAGUUCCCUGGCCUUUAAUAAACCUCCUCCAAGAGCUCCUAGACUCAUUUGCAUGGCGGAGCCCUAUUUGAUUACAAAGCUGGAUUCUGCCGAGAAGACAUGGAAAGAUUUAUCGGUUAAGCUGGCUGAUCCAGACGUCGUGUCAAAUCCUAGUGAAUACCAGAAGCUGGCACAGUCCGUGGCUGAGCUUGAUGAGGUUGUGACAAUCUAUAAGAAUUACAAAGACUGCGAGAAGCAGUUACAAGAGACAAAAGCUUUAGCAAAAGAUGCUGGCAAUGAUGAGGAUAUGGCAGAGAUGAUAUCUUAUGAAAUUGAAUCUUUAUCCAAUCAAAUCAAAGAACUGGAAGGGAAGCUCAAGAUGCUACUCCUUCCUAGUGACCCUCUUGAUGCAAGAAAUAUAAUGCUUGAAGUAAGGGCUGGCACUGGUGGUGAUGAAGCUGGAAUCUGGGCAGGUGAUCUUGUUCGUAUGUAUGAGAAGUACAGUGAGAGGAAUAAUUGGAGGUACAGCGCAGUUUCAAGCUCAGAGGCUGAAAAAGGAGGAUUCAAGACCUAUGUGAUGGAGAUAAAAGGAAAACGUGUAUACAGCAAAUUAAAAUAUGAAUCUGGUGUUCACCGGGUUCAACGUGUUCCUCAAACAGAAACGCAGGGUCGUGUGCAUACAUCCACUGCAACUGUUGCAAUCAUGCCAGAGGCGGAUGAAGUUGAGGUGGUUAUUGACCCAAAAGAUAUUGAACUGACAACAGCAAGGUCUGGGGGUGCUGGAGGGCAGAAUGUCAAUAAGGUGGAGACAGCUGUUGAUCUUGUCCAUAAACCAACGGGCAUCCGCAUCUUUUGUAGUGAAGAAAGGUCUCAACUCCAGAACAAGCAUCGUGCCUUUCAGUUGCUGCGAGCAAAAUUGUAUAAGAUAAAAUUGAGAGAGCAGCAAGAGUUGAUUAGGAAUCAACGGAAAUCACAGGUUGGUACUGGUUCUCGUGCAGAAAAAAUUCGGACAUACAACUUUAAGGACAAUAGGGUGACUGACCACCGGUUAAAGACGAACUAUGAGCUCACCUCUUUUCUUGGUGGUGAUAUAGAGAACGCAGUUCAGGCUUGUACUUCCCUGGAACAGCAGGAACUACUGGAAGAACUCGCUGAAUCUGUAGGAGCUCCAGCUGGCUAA